AUGGGGUUGAUGAGCUCCAUCAUUUAUGAGAUCGCGAGUGCUGAUAAAAGAACGAGGAGCCAGGGGGUGCUCUGCUCGCUGCGGGGCUCCCCGGGCCUCGUCCAGCUCCGGAAGCCGUGCAGGGGGCGGGGACGGUCCUCGGGACCGUCCAGGGGUCAGGGUUCCUCCCGCCACUCUCGAGUCAAGCAGAGCCUUCUCGUUUCCUGCGACGCCGCCCCGGGUCUGUCCUCAGAGCUGAAGCUGGCUGUGCCCUGGGGCCAUAUUGCAGCCAAAGCCUGGGGCUCCCUGCAGGGCCCCCCUGUUCUUUGCCUGCAUGGCUGGCUGGACAACGCGAACUCCUUCGACAGGCUCAUCCCUCUUCUCCCCUCAGACUUCCAUUAUGUCGCCAUGGAUUUUGGGGGUCAUGGACUCUCGUCCCAUUACAGCCCAGGUCUCCCAUAUUACCACCAAAAUUUUGUGAGUGAGAUUCAAAGAGUAGUGGCAGCCUUGAAAUGGACUCGUUUUUCCCUCAUGGGCCACAGUUUUGGUGGCACUGUGGGUGGCAUGUUUUCCCGCACCUUCCCCGAGAUGGUGGACAAACUCAUCUUGCUGGACUCCAUGCCAUUCUUCCUGGACUCUAAUGAAAUGGAGAGCAUUCUGACCUACAAGCGGAGAGCCAUAGAGAACACGCUGCAGGUGGAGGCCUCCCAGAAGCCCUCGAGCGUGGUCAGCCCGCAGGAGAUGCUGCAGGGGUUCCUGAAGAACAACAGCCAUGUGGGUGAGGAGUGUGGGGAAAUCCUCCUGCAGAGAGGAACCACACAGGUGGCCACAGGUCUGGUGCUGAACAGGGACCGGAGGAUCAGUUGGGUGAAGCACAGCUUCGACUUCAUCAGCAUGGAGCUGUUCGCACACUCCAUCCGGAGGCUGCAGGCUCACAUACUACUGAUCAAAGCCAGGCAAGGCUACUAUGACGUGAGAAGAGAGAACGACGCUGACAAGGCUCCCCUGCUCUUCAUGCUGGACACCAUGAGAGCCACCCUGAAAGAGCGGUUCCAGUUUGUGGAAGUCCCAGGCAAUCACUACGCCCACAUGAGUGAGCCCCACCGCGUGGCCAGUAUCACCUCCUCCUUACGGAGCAAAGGCAGGGUCCCAGCCCGGCUGCAGCUCUGGGCCCAGGCUGUGGAAGCCUCAUGCUCACACCUGUCAGCCGCCAACAAGAGGGGUAGUGGAGACGGGCCUCGUUGGUCUUGAAAACCAAGAUGGGCACAGAAUA